AAAAUGUCUGAUGACAGAAAAGAAGAAGAUGAGGAGGAAGAAGUCACCUGUCAGCCUCUUCCCCCUCCUCCAGCCUCUGUUGCCUUGGAGACAAUGAUGUCACUGAGGAGGCAGGAUCUGGUGUGCAUUGUGUGUUUCGGAAGCUACGACCUGGCAAAGCGGCUGCCUAGGCGACUACACUGUGGCCACACCUUCUGCCAGGCAUGUCUGAAGAGACUGAACACAGUCAUCAACGAACAGGUGUGGAUCCCGUGUCCUCAGUGCCGGCAGAACACGCCUUCACCCAGAGGAGGUGCCGCAGCUCUGGACCUGGACCUGGCCACCUUCCUGGGAGUGAAGGCCUGCACCUCCUCCUCCUCCUCCUCCUCCUGGAGCUCCAGUCGCAGAGAGGGCCUGUCAGCAGCAGACGCAGCCCAGGACGGGAAGCUGUGGCUGGGGAAGGAGGCUGUGGAUGAUGGUUGGUCGCACGGAGGGCUGGCUGAGCCCCGCUUCCAUCACUAUGGCAACUGCUGUCCACCACUUUCCUAUUGGUUGUGCUGCUGGUUCUGUUGCCCAGGGCGGGGCUAACAACAAUGGGUGGGGCUAGAAGGGCUCAAUGAUGAAAAUUUAGUUCACUCUUUAUUGGUCCCUGAGUUCCUCCUUAAUGCAAUUUAAUCAAAGGGGAUAUUUUGACCGUUUCCAGUGAAGAGGUAAACAAGAACUAAAGAUAAUUUAAUUACCAUGGUAACUAGGCAACAAGUGCUUCACAACAAAAUACCUGAACAUGAAAAAGAGUUAACCAGAAACACAAACCUAAGAAAUGACUUUUUAGCUGUGUUUUAAAAGUGACUUUGAGUCUACAGAUCUGAACCUCGGGGGGAGAGCGUUCCAGAGUCUGGGGGCCACUAUUGCAAAAGCUCUGACUCAGCCUUGUAUGAUGCACAGCCAGUAGGCCCUGAUUAGAUGACCUCAGGAACAUCCUGGGUACCUAUGGAUGUAAAAGUUUACUGAUGCAAGUUGGUGCAUGAAGAGCUCCUUAAACCUUAUGUUUAAGGCUGGAAAUCACCUGUUACAGUUUCUGAUCGCUUAUAGCAGGUCAUAUAGUUGUUGGCUUUUCUUUGUUUUCUCUGUAGUAUUGUAGAGUCUUUACCUUACAAUAUAAAGCACCUUGAAAAAAAGUUACAUUGAAUUAAACUGGAUUGAAUUGAAAUGCAUGAAUCACUAACCUGUGAUCUUCCCUCACCCCUUGAUAGCUUAGACUCCAGCUUACCCAGGACCCCAAACUAGACAAGCAGUACAAGUAUGGAUAGAGAAUGGCUGAGAGGAUGAUGGAUGAUGAUGGAUUGAUGGAUGGAUAGUGACUAUGAAAGUAUAGACCUGUCUCUGCUGUUUGACCUGGUAGUUACUAAAAAUAAUGGAGCUCUGUAAAAUGUAAAUAAAAGCAGAAUGCAAUGAUCUGCCAAUCAUCGAAUGCUUUUAUUUUACUGAGAAC